UGCACCUUCACAUCAAUGGCUGUUCWACCUACAGUGGGCGGCUGGACCCAGCAGGAUCCAUCCUGCCCGGUGGAACAGUUCUGUCCCCUGGAGAAUGAGUGGAAAAACAUGGCCUCCAUGAUCAAUCACCGUGGUAACGUGGCUGUGUACGGCCUGGCCGGGAAGAUCUACACGGUGGGCGGGUCCGAUGGUGUCACGUGCAAAAGCAGUGUGGAGAGGUACAACCCAGAGACCAACACCUGGAGUAACGACGUGGCCCCCCUGAGCAGCCCCCGCAGUGGGGUGGGUCUGGUGGAGAUGGAUGGAUAUCUAUACGCCCUUGGAGGAUACGACGGCAUGGUCUGCACCAACACUGUUGAGAGAUAUAAUCCCAAAAUGAAUAGCUGGACGAAGCAGCCACCGAUGCUGAGCCGGCGUUCUGGGGCAACGGCUGCUGUGAUGGAUGGUCAGCUAUACGUGAUUGGAGGCAGCGAUGGUGACGCACCCAUGAACACAGUGGAGCGUUUCAAUCCCUUGGAUGGGAUGUGGUAUGCGUGCCCCCCCAUGAUGACCCCAAGAGAGAACGCGGGCUGCUGUGUGUACCUGGGACGUCUGUUCGUGGCCGGAGGAAGAGAUGAACUUAACCUGGAGCUCAGCGCUGCAGAGAAGUUUGAUCCAGACGCUCUGAGUUGGACCCCCGUCAAACGCAUGAGAUGCAAGAGAAACAAAAUGUCUCUGAUGGUGUUCAACGGGUCGUUGUUGGCUGUGGGAGGAUCUGAUGGCAUCACCAGUCUGAAAACAAUAGAAGUCUACAACCAUGAGUCAAAUACAUGGAGACACUUUGGGAGCAUGAAGACCAAGCAUCCAGGAGGCCACAUUGCCAUGUUGAAGACCAAACACAGUUACAGCCUGUAACUGGAGAUUAUAACGUUGAUGGACAAUAGCAUAUGGAUUCAUGAUAUAGAUUUGUAUACUGUGUAUGUCCAUGUUGAAAUACCGGUAGUACUGUAAUCCCCCAUAUAGUAUGUAAACAUGUAUGGCUAUUUAUUUAACUUUUAUUUAACCCGGAAGUCUUUCCUAAGAAAUGAAACUAUGGACCAGGAGUGUCAUGCACCCAUUAUUUUAGAGGGGGCACAAAGUACAUGAGGAUGGAGGAGGCGUUGUCCAGGUUGGAAAAUUUAGCAUUUUUUAAACACCUAAAAUAGCUUUUACCUGCAAUCUAGAGCCAUAAUCAUUAUGCCUAAUUCUAUGUAAAAAAAWWAAUAAUAAAGUAUAUUUUUAUGCA